GAAGAAGGCUGCAGUGCUUCAUCUUGGCCUGCUCACGAGUUCUUUCUAGGCGGCUUUCAAAAGGAAAGCAUCGAUCGUAUAUGGCGAGAGUCGAGGCGGCCUCGCCAGCUGGCGCCCCAGACAGUGAGGAGGCCAGGCCGUGCGCCAGCGAGGCUCUCCUGUUUGCACUGAAGGAGACCGACGAGUGCAUGCGGGACAGAUUGGCUAUGCUUCUCGACGAAGACCCCAUCACCAUUCAGGUGGGCUCGGGAGGCUCUGGCUGGAUUCAACUUGCUGUCACACGGCUUUUGUGUUUAUUGUCAGGACAUUGAGAACACGGGUUCAGCGCUGCUUGAUGCAAGCAAGGCCAGGGAUGCGCCAGAGAUCAGACGGUCGGUGAGCGUAUGGCUGGCGAUGAAGGAAAGGCAGUCGGUGCAUGUCCCAGCUGCUGUGUUCUCUCUUGUCAGCAUCAUGCGUAGUGCGCUACCAGGGGAUGUGUUGAAGUGGCACAUUGACGAGGCGCUGAAGACGGCUUUACGAAAUGCUGACCUGCAGUCGGUAGGUCAUUCAGUCGCUAGGUCUGUCUGUGGUAUUGUUGUGUUGUCAGGUGCGUGUGUUGUGCGAGUUGGGGAUGACCAAGACGUUCACGACACUUGCCAUGGCGCCGAUAUACCUGGCCCUCUCAUGCACAGAGGUUUGCACCGAUGAAUGCGACUCGACUGGCCAGACGAGGGAGGGAGGCAAUCGAAUCGACUUUGCUGUGUGUCACAUCCAUGUCAUCCAGGAGAGUUUCGCCGAGACAGCUGGUCUCCUCCGAUGGCUCAUUGUCGGACUGGGAGUCAAUGUCGACGCUCCGGUAGGCAAAAUGGGUGGGACACACGCCCCCGGCCUACAUGCGUUGUGCGUUGGUGCAGUACAAGGCCCCCAAGGGUAGCGGGAAGGAGGACAGCGGUCACUCAGUGGCUGCUGGGGUGGUCCCUGGUGAUGGCUGGACAGCUCUGUGUGUGGCGUGCCAUCGCCUUCUGCCGCCUCUUUGCCACCUAUUGCUGCAGCUCGGUAGGCGCGCCCACUCCAGCAAAUGUGUAGGUCAGGUCUCUCGCUCAGCUCAUCCAUGUGUGUCCUUUUCCGUCGUGCCCUCCCCUGCAGGCGCUGAUCCAAACUCUGUCGGCCGGGAUGGUCGUAUGCCCCUGUCCAUAGCAGAAUCGGCACCCACACCUGACACUGACACAAGCAUCCCCCCAACAGCCCGCAGGCUUCCCCGAGGCGCCUCGCUGUGUGAGAGCACCUAUGGGCCCUCCGUCGGUGUCAAUCUGCCAGCAACAACAUUCCCAGCGGUGGCUGAGCAGCGGGCAGGUGAUCAGCGCGAAAACGGCACACGGCUGGCUGCCAAGGGGGAGGAGCGCAAGGCAGAGGGUGAGGAGCCUUUCAUGGCUCCGAGUGUGUCGGAGUCGAAGCGGCUGAUCGUGGCGAUGCUGCGGCAGAGGGGUGCAAUGAGGGACUGGCGACAGAUGCUGAGAAGAGAUCAGGGAAGGCAGUGAGGAUGAUGGGGUGCGCCAGUGAUGGGAUGGUGUGAGGGAGUGACGUACAGCGCAUGGGUUACCGCACAUGCAUGAAAUACCUGUCCAUGAGUGGAUGGAUGCAAUUGGAUGGAUGGAUGGAUGAACCAAUGUGCUUGCAAUUAGGCAAAUGUUGAAGACGCGGUCACGUAUUGAAUCAGUG